AUGGCUCCCAACAAGUCCCACCUGUCCUCUUAUGACUUUCUCCUCUGCCGAACUCGUGGGAACUCAAUCAGUCAUGCCUUCGGCAUCUGCUGUCCCAUCGCCUUUUCUUCGUCCACCACCAUGUACAACGGCAUCGGUUUAACGACUCCCCGUGGAAGCGGCACGAGCGGCUAUGUCGUUCGCAAUCUCUCGACUUUGAGGAGCUACCAGCACAGCAACCAGCAGGACAACUCAUGGGAAGCUGCACCCCCAAAGCACAGGGAGCCUGACCAAGGCAUUUUGGAGCACGAAAGGAAAAGGGCAGUGGAGGUCAAAUGUCUAGAGCUGCAGCUCAAGCUCGAGGAUGAAGAGAUCGACGAGGCUGAAAUCGAGAAACAAGUUUCUGCUUUGCGCGAGAAAUUGCUAGCCAAUCUCAGCUCAUCAAUCAAGAAUCCUCGCUCUCUCAAACCUUCCGAUACCCAUGCUAUUGCAGCAGCAAAGAAGGUUGAACUUGAGCGCAUGGCCAAGGCCCUGGGAACGCGAAGUGACUACCAGGAGGGUGAUUCAUUCGACAGAGAGAAACAGGAAGAGUUGAAACUCAAACGAAUUGCUGAACGGGAGGAACGGGAGAGGCAGCGCGCAGAAGAACGCAGGAACAUGGAAGAGCAGAGGCGGAAGUGGGCAGAGGAAAGGAGGCGACAGGACGAACAACGAAAACGAGAAUAUGAAAGGUCAAGACAGGGAGACAAACGGGAUGAGCGGGGCAUGCCACCACCUCCUGUGCCAACGGGCCCUCGUCGAGGAGAUAGUAAAUUCGACAUGGGACCUCCGCCGCCACCCUCCGCACGGGACAGGGACGGUGCAAGGGAUAGGUCACCGCCUCCCAGAAGCCGCGACGUUGAAAUGCGAGACCGCGACGAUCGUUCCCCGCCUCGGAGGUCGAGAAAACGCUCCCCAUCCAGGUCGCCUUCGCGAUCGAGGUCUCCUUAUGGGCGGUAUAGCAAACGUCCAGCACGGGACCGCUCCAUGUCACCACCGCGCAGGUCUCGGUCGCGUUCAGUUGAAAGGGACAGGAGGCGUCGAGGAGCAAGCUAUUCUCGUUCCAGGUCUCGCUCAGCAUCCCGUUCUCCUUUGCGCUCGCCUCGUUCGCGGUCUCAUUCUUCUCGCUCCGACUCUCGUUCUCCCUCUCCUGACUAUCGUCGCCGCCAGCGCAGCAAUACCCCUCCUCCCUCGAGCGCCAGGAAGUUGAAGUCUCCUCUCCCAACACCUGUCUACACUCGUGAUGACGGCAGAGGCGGCCGUGAUUACAGGGAUCGUGACGUACCUCCACACCUCCGUCGAGGCUCUCCACCUCCAAAAGGGAGGGCCCCACUUGACCGCGACUACCGUGACAGAGAUCACUCGCCACCAAGACGUGGUGCCUCUCCCCCUCGAGGGCGCACACCCGAAAAGAGGGGCAAUGCAAGCGGAAGAGGAAGGAGCGGUAGUACAGGAAGCUCGAUGUCCGUCAGCUCCAGGUCCAGAAGCGGAAGUCGCGACUAG